AUGAACAGCUGGGGCCCACCUAGGCUCUUGGACCUUGCAAACCAGAGCCUGCUGAGGGACGAGGCCUUGGCCAUCACUGCUCUGCGGUCACUGCCCACGGAACUCUUCCCACCCCUGUUCAAGGCAGCUGUCGCUGGCAGACAUAGCGAGACACUGAAGGCAAUGGUGCAGGCAUGGCCCUUCACUCGCCUCCCCCUAGGGGCUCUGAUGAAGGCUCGACAGUGUCGCCAGGACAUUUUAAGGGCUGCACUGGAUGGGGUUGAUGUCCUGCUUGCCCAGAAGUUUCAUCCCAGGAGAGGAAAACUGAAAGUGCUGGAUUUACGGGCAAAUACUCAUACCGACUUCUGGAAUGUAUGGUCUGGAACUGGGGCCAGGGCCUCUGUGUGCUUAUUAGAGGAACUAAGGACUAAAAAGAAAAAAGUAGACAAUUCCAAGGCAGGGGAUAUGGCCUAUGGCCCCAUGGAGGUGCUGAUAGACCUGUGCCUCGAUGAAGCUGCCCCUGAUCAACUUCUCACCUUCCUCAUUAAGAAGGUCAAGCAGAGAAAAGGUCAGAUACACCUGUGCUGUAGGAAGCUGAAUAUUGUUGCAAUGCCACUCCAAAAUAUUGAGAAGAUCCUCAAAACGGUGCAACUGGACUGUGUCCAGGAGGUGGAAGUGAAUUGUACCUGGGAACUGUCCACCCUGGCCAGGUUUGCUCCUCACCUGGGGCAGAUGGUUAAUCUGACUGGACUCCGUCUCUCUCACAUCUACAUAACUUCCCUCAUUUCCCGGACAGCAGAGGAUGUGAAGAAGCUUGUUGCCCAUUUCACCUCUCAGUUGCUCAAUCUGAAUCAGCUCCAGGAGCUCCACCUGGGCUCCAUCCUCUUCCUUGAAGGACACCUGGACCAGGUGCUCAGGUGCCUGAAGACCCCCUUGGAGACCCUCUUCAUAACAAAUUGCUUGCUUUUGGAGUCUGACUUGACAUACCUGUGCUUAUGCCUGAGCACCAGCCACCUAAGUCACCUGAAUUUGAGUGAUGUCAACCUGACUGGCUUAAGGGCUGAGUUCUUCCAAGUUCUGCUAGCGAGAGCCUCAGCCACCCUCCAUCACCUGGACUUACAUGGGUGUGGGAUCACGGACUCCCAGCUCACUGCCAUCAUGCCUGCCCUGGGCCAAUGCUCCCAGCUACCACCUUCAGCUUUUUUGAAACCCAUUUCCACGGCUGUCCUGGAGAGCUUGCUUUGGCACAUUCUCCCACUGAGCAAGUUCAGACUCGGGCUGUUUCCCGUCCCUCUGGAGUGUUACAUGGGCAUCCAAGGAACUCUCCACCUGGGGAAUCUUAAAGAGUAUAUGGCCAAGCUGAGGCAGACACUGCAAGAGUUAAGGCACCCCAACUGGAUUUGGUACAAUCACAGCACCAGUACCUAUGAUGUAAUUAUCCUCCAUUUUGUGAUGUGUUCUAAAUCCUAACCUUUGCCUAUGUUUAUAUUCCCAUUUGUGAAUGGGUUGAGUUUGUUAAGUCAUAGAGGCAAGACUAGGGUAGGAUGCAU